CUUGUUGUCAAGUAUGGAGUCGUAUAAUAUUCUAGAAAGCCUGGGAAAAGGGGCUCAGGGGAGUGUUUAUUUGGCAGAAUGUAAAGAUGAACCUGGAUCAAAAUAUGUUUUGAAGAAGAUUGAAUGCCAUGAUGAGAGUGAAGCUAACGAGGCCUAUAGAGAGGCAUUAGAACUACAGAAAUUACAUCAUCCUUAUAUUUGUUCUUAUAAAGAUUUCUACGUCACCUGGGAUAAAUCAACGUCGUCAAUGUUUCUAUGUAUCGUGAUGCAGUAUUAUCUAAACAGUGAUUUACAGACAGUCAUUAAAUCUUAUCAAGAUAAAAAAGACAAGAUUGAAGAAUCUACGGUUAAAAAAUACCUGGGAGAAAUUAUUGAAGCGUUGAUUUUUGUUCAUAAGAAGGGAGUCAUUCACAGAGAUUUAAAACCCAGUAAUAUUUUCCUACAAGACAAUCAGACUCUAUGUUUAGCUGAUUUUGGUGUAGCAACUGUUAUGGCUGAUGCUUGUACUAAUACCAGAAACACACUUUGUGAGAAAAGUGAUAUUUGGGCAGUGGGUUGUAUUUUAUUUGAGCUCUGUACAACCUUUCUUUAUGAUGAAAAUCAAGUGAAGGAAAAGUUAAAAGAAAUAAAAGAGAGCCCGUUAGUUUUAGAAGAUGUUUUUGAAGAAAUAGCUGAAUGUUUUUCGGGAGAUUUGAUUCGGUUAAUUCGAGAAAUGUUGAAACAUUCCCAUGAAAAACGUAAAACUACCAUAGAAUUGUUAGAGAAUAGUUAUAUUAAACAAUGUCUAGAACUCAGUGAUAUCUAUAUGAUAGAUAAAAAGAGACGACAGGAAGAAUCAGGCAGUACUGUUUCUGCCUUGUCACAAGAAUCUCAAGGUUUGCUCUCGAUACUGGAACAUAUUGCUAAAUCUAUUGAUCACGAGGUACAAGUUCGUGAUGGUUUACAGCAGCUUAUUGGUCUAACAGAUAAAGAUACUGGUGUUCUAUUGGAUGAUAGAAGUAAAAAAUUGGUUGCCAUGGCAAUGAAAAAUAAUAUCAAUGAUAAAGACAUUCAGAUUGCUGGAUGUUCCGUGUUGAAUAAUCUCGUUCUUAAAGCUGAGGGAGAAGACAUUUUAUUUUCAUCAGAAAUUAUCUCAGUUAUAUCUUUUGCUAUGAAGCAACAUAUUAAUUGUGAAGAACUACAACAGAAAGCAGUAACUUUAUUGAUGUCCAUGUCUGCAAAUGCCACGGCGUCUGAAGUAAUGGGUGAAGUAGGAUGUAUUAAUAAUAUUUUAUCAGCUGUAACAACUUUCCCUGACAAUACAGACCUUGUAUCUACGUGUUGUAGUGUUUUAUGGUAUUUAGCAGUUGAUGAAAAUAACCUUCAGAUCUGUUCCAAUCAACAAGCGUUAAAACAAGUCUGUAAGAGUUUAGAAAAACACAUCUCAUCUCCUGACGUCUGUGAAUCAGCUGCAGCGGCCAUUAUCUCACUGUCACUUGAUGAUGCUGUCUUAGAUUAUGUAAAUGAGAUAGAUUGUGUCGGCCAUCUUAUACGAGCAAUAUCAACGCACGUCCGUCAUCCUAAAGUAGUUAAGAAUAGUUGUAUGGCUUUAACAGGGCUGGUGGAAUCGGAUGAAGAGUGUGCUUAUCGAGUUUUAACGUCUGAAGAUAAUGAAGGGCAUUGUGGGAUACCUGUAAUUAUCAAGGCGUAUAAUCAACACAAAGAUAAUGCUGAAGUCGUGGAGUCUAUGGUUAAUUUAAUUGUUCAGCUAGCUAAUUAUGAUGAUGUAAAUGCCGAGCUACGCUAUUUAUCUGUGGGACCUACUGUAUUAUCAGAAGUGUAUAAACGUUUUAAACCAACAAGGACAUCAUAUUUAUUAGGUUUAUCUUACUAA